UAUAAAUGACAAAGAAUCACAUUCUAAUGCAAAACAAAUUUUAUUAGAAAUGGGAAGAUACUUUCAAAUACAAGAUGAUUUUCUAGAUUGCUUUGGUGAUCCGUCUGUUACAGGGAAAAUAGGUACUGACAUAGAGGACAAUAAAUGUGGUUGGCUGGCUGUGAGGGCAUUACAGAAAGCCACGCCAGAACAGAAGAAAAUAUUAGAGGAAAACUAUGGAGUUGAUGAUCCUGGCAAGGUGGCAAUAAUCAAAAAGCUUUAUGAUGACUUGAACCUUAAAGAAUUGUUUUAUGAAUUUGAGGAAGAAAGUUAUCAAACUUUAAUGAAACUUAUUGAGCAAUGUCAUGGUGAACUUCCAGCUGAAAUGUUCAUUGAUUUCGCAAAAAGAAUUUACAAACGAAAGAAAUAGGUUAUGUG